CUGAAUUCCAUGGAAUCUGGGAAAGUCUUGUGUAUGAGACUGGAGUCAAAACAAAGCUUCUGGAUUAUGUCACAACAACAAUGUACUUCUCAGACAAAAAUGUCAACAGCAACCUGAUUUCUUGGAAUCGCGUUGUUCUGCUUCAUGGACCUCCAGGCACAGGGAAAACAUCACUGUGCAAAGCUCUUGCCCAAAAACUUUCAAUCAGACUGUCUAGUCGAUAUUCUUAUGGCCAGUUUGUGGAGAUAAAUAGUCACAGUUUGUUCUCAAAGUGGUUUUCAGAGAGUGGUAAGCUGGUCACAAAGAUGUUUCAGAAGAUCCAACAGCUGAUUGAUGACAAAGAUGCCCUUGUGUUUGUUUUGAUUGAUGAGGUGGAGAGCCUAACAGCAGCCCGGAAUGCUUCCCAGGCUGGAACAGAGCCUUCUGAUGCCAUUCGAGUGGUCAACUCUGUCCUCACUCAGCUAGAUCAGAUCAAACGGCAUUCCAAUGUGGUCAUCCUGACAACUUCCAAUGUGACAGAAAAGAUUGACUUGGCGUUUGUGGACAGAGCUGACAUCAAGCAGUAUAUCGGCCCACCAUCCGAGAAAGGCAUUUAUAACAUCUACCUCUCCUGCCUUGAAGAGUUGAUGAAGUGUCAGAUUAUCUACCCCCGGCAGCAGCUGUUUACCAUGCAUGAGCUAGAAACGAUGGACUUUUCGAAGAGCGAGGUGUCGGAGUACAGUUUGAAACUGAGGAACAUUGCUAUAAAAAGUAAAGGCUUGAGUGGAAGAGCUCUCAGGAAGCUACCAUUUCUUGCUCAUGCACUCUUCGUAAAGAUGCCGACAGUAUCUCUGGAGAUGUUUCUGGAGGCUCUGAGCCAUGCUGUGGAUGAACAGGGAAAGGAGAAGGAUAAUCUUAUCAAUGGCAUCUGAAAACAAUAAAAUAGCUCAAAAUGGACCCGUGAUUGUCUGUGAGCUGCAGUUGUAAAACAGCUGUGAUUGUUUUUACUUAUCCUGUUCAUGUCUUGAAAGAUGUUAUGCAGUUUAUAUUGUUGAAUUAUAAUUUUAAACUAAAAGUUGUAGUUACUAUCUAAUCAUUACUUACAUGUUCAUGGUAUUACCGGUUUGCUUCUUCUGUGAUAUGUUUUUUACAAACACAGCUUUACCUUAACAGUUUCCUGAAUUGGAGUAAAAUCCUACUUCUGUUUUUCCAGUUACUUCCUGUCUUAUCUUGCAUUGAUAUUUGCUCAGCUGUAUUUUAUCAGCAAGAAGUAACAGACUGGAUGAAGCAAUAUUUGCCCUAAUUUUUUGAAGCAGUUUGUUAUGGAAAGUUAAUGUUUGUUUCACUGUUUGUGGAUUUUAUCUAACAAUGCUGAAGUGACUAAUCUUUUGUUAAAUGUGUUAAAGUGAUUCAUUUUUCAUCAGUUCUGUCUUUCCUGGAUUUACAACUGUUUUCCAUUGGUUUAAAACACUGUAGUAAAUGCAUGUGUUUCUA